AUGAGUAGUUUAAGUGAAGAAGUUCCGUUUUUUGAUGCACAAGAUGAUAUUGUGUUAAUCUCGGAUGCGAAAGGGGUUAAUGAAAACCCUGAAGUUGAUCCUGGUUCUUCUGUGGUGGAGGGUUUGUUGAGAGAUUUUGGAUAUGAAUUGUGGGCUAGGAGUCCGGGUAGUGUUCGGGAGCGAAGGAGCAAGUUUAAAACAUGGAUGGAAUCGAGUUUGGUAGAUGGGAGUGGUCGUGAAAGGGAAGAUGAGAUGAAUAGAAUGAAAGAUGGAGUUGAUAGGAUGAUUAAAAGUUAUGGUUGUGUGGAGGAUUUCUUUUCGACUCGGUCAACCAUCUCUUGUUUGUCUUCAAUGAGUUCUUCAUCAGAGCUCGGUUUGGUGGAGAAUUCACCAUGCCGAGAUGAGAGUUUGGAUAAUGAGGUAGGGUCUAAUGAGGAUCAGGUGGGGCAGUGUAGGGAGAGUAAUGACCAGUUGGUGGUUUCUGAUGAAUUGGAAAACACAAACACCCUAGGGUUCUCUCCUACACACCAAAAUGAGAUUGUUAAGGAAAUCGAAGAGACAAGUGUUUUUGAGUCGUGGAAGAAGAGGGCUAAAAAGGGUUUGUUAAAAAAAUUACGCUCAAUGACAUGCAUGAAGGAUGGACAACAAGGAGAAUCUGAUAACAGGAAGAACGAAAGCGGUGUUUCAUUCUCGGGUUGUAAGAUUCAACGUGUUAAGGUCCGUCAUUGCAGGAAGCAAAGAAAGGAGCUUUCGGCUCUUUAUACGGGACAAGAUAUUCAAGCGCAUGAAGGUCCGAUUUUUACCAUGAAAUUCAGUCCUGAUGGGCAGUAUCUUGCUAGUGCCGGCGAAGAUGGAGUUGUACGAUUAUGGCAAGUUGUUGAGGAUGAGAGACAUACUGAAAUCGACAUUCCAGAAGUUGAUACAUCCUGCAUUUACUUUACAGUGAAUGAUCUCUCUGAAUUGACACCCUUGUUUAUGGAUAAGGAUAAAAUUAGAAAUGCCAAGAGCCUGAAAAAAACAUCAGAUUCGGCUUGCAUCAUUUUCCCUCCUAAGGUCUUCCGGUUGUUGGAGAAACCACUGCAUGAGUUCCACGGUCAUGGAGGUGAAGUUUUGGAUCUCUCUUGGUCAAAACAUAACUAUCUGCUGUCAUCUUCAGUCGAUAAAACUGUCCGUCUAUGGCAAGUUGGACAUGACUGCUGUUUGAAGGUUUUCUCACACAGUAAUUACGUGACAUGCAUACAAUUCAAUCCCGUGGAUGAUAAUUAUUUCAUUAGCGGAUCUAUAGAUGGAAAAGUGCGCAUAUGGGGAAUUCCUGAUUGUCAUGUUGUUGAUUGGACCGAUGUCAAGGAAAUUGUCACCGCAGUGUGCUAUCAACCUGAUGGACAGGGAGGGAUUAUCGGCUCCAUGACAGGCAAUUGCCGGUUUUACAAUGUAUUAUCAGAUAAUCACUUUCAGAUGCAAUCACAAAUAUGCUUACUUGGUAAAAAGAAAUCUCCCGGGAGAGGAAUAACUGGCUUUCAGUUUCUUCCACAAGAUAGUAACAAAGUUAUGGUUACCUGUGCCGAUUCACAAGUCAGAAUCAUUGAAGGGCUUAAUGUUGUUGGCAAAUUCAAAGGCCUUAGUGCAGGGAGCCUAAUGUCCGCAUCUCUUACUUCAGAUGGAAAACACAUUUUAUCAGCGUCUGAAGACUCCAAUAUAUAUAUGUGGAAUGUUAGUGAAGACGAGUCUUGUACCAUGAAAGCUAAGAAGAUUAAGUCCUGCGAGCGGUUUUAUUCAAACGCAUCUGUUGUAGUACCUUGGUGUGGUUUGAAAUCCAACAACAUUGAAAAUUCUAAACCAUUAGAUGUCCUAAAUAAAAGGUCACCCCAAGCUCUAUGCCUCGAUCCACCGUCUUCGUUUUCUCUAAGCCAAGAUUUUUUCUUGGAUUCUAUCCCGAAAGGUUCCGCAACCUGGCCCGAAGAGAAACUUCCUACUUCAAGAAGCCCCAAGUCUAAAAAAUCCGCACUGCACAAAUCUGCAUACAAGUUCUUGAAAUCCUCUUGCAAGAGUACUUCCAAUUGUCAUGCGUGGGGACUAGUCAUCGUGACUGCUGGUUUGGACGGGCGAAUAAAAUCGUUCCACAACUACGGACUACCCGUACUCGUUUGA